AUGGCAGCUGAAGCACAGAACCAGAGCGGGGCUCCGAUGAGCUUCAACUUGAACAGAGCUGCUUCUGAGUUCUCGGCUUCGCUGAUCAAGAGCAAGAUCCAGCAACUGUGCUCCAUGUACGACGAAGAACUGGAGACCGGUCUGGUGAUCAAGAUACGUGCGCUUCUUGUGGAGGUAGACGCCAAACGCAUCAUAUUGGAUGAAGAAAAGCGCAGUUUGAUUGAAGGCUUGAGAGACACAUUGGUGUCUCUUCAGAUGCAGAAUGAUUCAGUCGAAGCUACAUUGUCAGAAGCGGGCCAGAUAAACUCGAAGUAUAUGGCUGCACUCCCUUCGGCCACGUCUGUCAGCAUCUCUCCUCCAACCCCACGUACACCUUCACAGGAUGGGGAACGUUCAUCGAUUGACAGUGCUUCGGCAAUGACUCCUUUAGCUACGACCGUUGUGAACUCGGAGGCUGAUCAAAGGUCCUCGACUGACAGUGGAAAGUCCUUAGAAGUCUCUGAAGUCUCUGAAGUCUCUGAAUCCGCCUUGAUUAUCGAUCAGGCGGCGGAAAGCGGUCAAACGCUGCCUCGGGAUAAACGACCUAGGUCUAAGUCCGUUACGGAUCAACUUAAUGCGAAGAAAAUCAAGGUGACACCACUAGUGCACACACCGGUCUCUCAAUACGCAGAGAUCUACCGGAAAAUCAAAGUAAACGAGCUGGAAGUAGAUGAAUGUGUCUUCAAGAUUCCCGGGACACAGAAAUUCUACAUUCUGCGCUGUAACUCAGAAAACUGCAACUUCCGGAUCGCCGAACUUGUUCCUUUCAAAUAUAAGAGGGCUUUCAAUCACUUCAACAGGGAGCACUUCGAUCAGCUUCGUACAGAAGCCUACAUAUUUGAAAAUUAUGCAUACGAAGUCGAGGAUGCUACCGAAGAAAUUCUUUCUGCACAAGGUGCCCAGGGAGAAGUCCCAACUUGUGAGCGGAGAUACACAAGGUUGCAAGCCUGA